AUGUCUGGCUCUCUUCUUCCUUCCGAUUCUCCGUUACCUUCGACUGCCACUUCUGUGUCUCCUACGCCUGCACUGACGAAGCCCUCCCAGAUCAAGUUCUAUCGUCCGGCGCAGAUGAGUCUCUUCGCCCACAUUGCGACAUAUCCUCCACUGUCGCAGGUCUCGAUUAUUCCUCCCAGUCGCAAACAGUUCAACUUUACAGUCAUCUUAGAGUCGUCGACCUCAUUUCCAGAGCGACCUUGGGAGGUCUCAAUAUGGUACGAUCAUGGCGCAUAUAUCGGCAAUAAGACCCCAUGGAGGGCUCUGGAUCUCCAACUGGUUGAACCGGGUCCAUUCUACUUGAGCCACGACUCCAAGACAACAAUCCGCCGAUACUGCUUCUCCGGCAAUCUCGACAGUCCAUUCCCAGUCAGCGAUCGCAUACAACGCGGAAGACGAGUGCCUUUUACGGUUCGCUAUCGCACAGACCCCGACUCAGAGUGGCAAUGGGUGUUCCACAACUUCAACAUAGCCGAUGGUGAACUUAUACUGCAGCCACCAGUCGAUCCCAAUGUAGUAGGAGUAUCGCCAGUCGACCUGCAAGAAGGAUGGUCAGCCCGAAAGCUCAUCAGCGAAGCGCCAGAUGCUCGUUUGUACUCGAUCGAAUCGUCCGACUCAAUACCACCUGCUCCAGAUGGAGAAGAUGCCCAAACGCAUCGUCGUGCGCUCGGUCGUGUGCUCAGUCUGCAUCGAUGGUUCGCUCUUGUACGGAUAUGGUCGCCGUGGCUAGGCCCAAGGCAUGGCGACUCGAGCUUCCAUCUCACAGAGCCGGCACUCCUCAUAUCAUUUCUUCGAUCAGAUGGCAUGCAGGUCGUGCUGCUUGCUAUCAAUGGCAUUGACGACGCUCUGACGACGUUCUCUUCUGGCGACAAUGGAGAGAUCGUGGUAGACAUGCGGAAUGACACGACCAAAAAUCGCAAAUUCAAGAUACUGGCCGGGUGCGCGUGGAAGUUUGACAUCGCACUCGCUUCGGUCAUAUAUGAGCUUCGAAAGCAAGCCAGGCACUCGCCUGCAUGGCUGGAAUCAUUGUCGCAGAUCCCGACGGAGAUUUUAGAUCAACACAAGGCACAGCAGGGGCAACGAAGACAGUCGCAAAUUCGCGUCGACUCGCUAUCGUCCGAAUCCGAGUACGCCAUAGUAACGACCGCUUAUGAGCAGCACACUGUGUCGGAAGCCAAAUCGGCCAAGGCACUCCGUCCAAUCGACACUAAGACCAAUGGUAGUGCCGCCACGCUGACAAGCGACAUCAUAUCUGCAGAGCCAGAAACGCAACCACAGCCCCAAUACCUCGCCUCAUGGUACGACUCCCUGGCCUACUGCACCUGGAACGCCCUUGGCCAAGCCCUCUCUCCCUCCAAGAUCCUAUCCGCCCUCCAACUUCUCGCCAAAGCCAACAUCAAAGUCUCAACCCUCAUCAUCGACGACAACUGGCAAUCUCUGACCGGCACCCAAGGCACCACUUCACAAUUCCAACGCGGCUGGACCCGCUUCGAAGCCAACUCAGAAUUCUUCCGCGAUGGCCUCGCCCACCUAAUCAAAGACAUACGCUCACAAAACCCCUGGAUCAAAGACAUCGCCGUCUGGCACGCCCUGAUGGGCUACUGGGGCCUUAUCGCACCCUCCACAGCCCAGUCACAAUCCGAGAUCGCCUCAACCUACCAGACCCAAAUCGUGACCAUCAACGAGAAAUCACCUGCUCAAGGCCAAAAGACGGCCAUUUCUCCGGAAGCAAUCCACCAGCUCUACACCGACUUCUACACCUUCCUCUCUGCAUCCGGCGUCACCGCUGUCAAAACAGACGUGCAAUUCUACCUCGACGAGCUCACCUCCACUCCCGAUCGCCGCUCCCUCACCCACCCCUACUUAUCAGCUUGGACACAAGCCCACCUCCGCCAUCUAAGUGGCAAAGCCAUAAGCUGCAUGUCCAUGACGCCCCAGAUCCUCUUCGGCCAGCUCCUCCCCGCCGUCGGCGUGCUCCCGCGUAUCGUCCUGCGGACCUCCGAUGACUUCUUCCCCAACGUCGAAACCUCCCACCCAUGGCACGUCUUCUGCAACGCGCACAACAGUGUUCUCACGACCCAUCUAAAUGUGUUGGGGGAUUGGGAUAUGUUCCAGACAAAGCUCCAUGACGAUACCAUGGGAAAUUGGUCAGGAAUGCACGCCGCCGCGCGCGCCGUCUCCGGCGGGCCAAUCUACAUCACCGACGAGCCCGGCAGACACGACGUUGACCUAAUCGACCAAAUGACCGCGCGCUCUGUACGCCCCGACGAAGGCCGCGUCGUGCUCCGCCCCAGUACGCAGGGCAAGACAGUCGGCGUUUACGACCGGUACGAGGAGAAAGGCGUGCUCAAGAUCGGAGUUUGGGAUCGUGGCGCCGCGAGCGGGUUCGGCAAAGAACCCAAGCUUGGUACCGGUAUUCUAGGCGUUUUCAAUAUGGCGGAGCACGAAAUCAGUGUGCUGCUACCCGUGAGUAAAUUUCCGGGGUUGGAGGUGGAGGACGAGGAAGGCCUGCAACGAUCGAGUCGGAGGGGGAGCGAAUACGACGUCGUCAGCCCUGGUUCUGCUUCCGGCCCCAGAAGUCCGGUGCGAGCACCGCCUUCGAGGAGUGGGAGUAGGCCUGGGAGUGGACCGAGCAGUGUGUUUGGUGACGCGCCUUCGGAUCUUGAGGAUGAGGAUGAUGAGUUGGCUGACUCGCCUACGGCUAUUGCUGCGGCCAGGAACCGGAAGUGGGUGAUUAAGAGCCAUGUUACGGGGAAGAUCACGCGGCCUGUUCGGCCCGGCGCUCCGCUCAAGAGUGACGAGUUGCUGUUGUGUAAGCUGCCGCCCAGGGGGUAUGAUGUCUGGACUGCGGUUCCUGUGCAGAUUGUCGCUCUAGCGCCUCAGAACGGGGAGGAGCAGGAAAUCGAGGUAGCGGUCAUGGGUCUGUUAGGAAAGUUCACAGGCGCGUGCGCCAUCACAGCAUGCGACGUCAGCACCGCCGAAUCUGGCAAGAGAGUGAGAGUCGGCGUCGGCCUAAAAGCGUUGGGUGUUCUGGGUAUCUGGGUCAACCGCUCGUCUACUGGAGCAGAAAACGGAAACGAUGGGAAGCAUGAAUGGCGGAAAGACAAAAUGAUGGUCAUGAUCCAGAAUCGCGCUGUUCCGGAGGACUCUGUGAGCAUUAGCGACGAGGGCAUUGCGGCGGGAGAGGGAGCGAGAAUCAUCAAGGUUGAUGUGGAAAAGGCAUGGGAUGCCAUGAAGCUCGACGUUGGCUGGAGCAACGAGGUGAGGGUGGAAGUUCUCUUCGAGUAG